GUGAUGGUCAAACACCCCUCCUUGAAAGCAUGCCAUCUUUAGAAAGAGCAUUUGUCAGGCUUGGAUGGUUUGCUGUGGACCACUGUACUGAAGGUAUUUGUGGGGAAUGUCAUCGUCCAUGUGAAAACUCUUGUGAUAAUGACAACAACAGUUCUGAAAACAACAGUAGUGACAAUGGCAACAGUUCUGAUAACAAUAGUAGUGAUAACGGCAACUGUUCUGAUCAGGACAAUUAUGAUGCACUAUGUGGUCUGUGUGCGAACUGCCGUGAUAAUGACAACAUCAGUGGUACCUGUCUGCUUCUCAGGGGUUUGUCAAGAUGCACAUAUUUGGAAUUGUCACCUUCCUAUCAGAUGUUGACCUUUGAAAGGGAUCUAAGAUGGUGCCCCACAUUUAGUAAUUUAAGAACGUUGGUACUCAGUGAUUAUAAUUUGGACGGUGGCUUCCAUGCACUACUUUGCUUUCUUCAGCAGACACCUGUUGUACAGAAGCUCACACUUAAACUCCGUAAGAUACAUGGCCCUACUGUGGAUAUAUCCAGCUAUCUCAAAAGACCAGUUGUACUGCGGCAUCUUAGGAUAGUUGAAGUUAAAUGCCCAGUAUCUGUUCAAGAAGAGAUUUUCAAACUUUGGAAGAUCUUGAUUACCUGGGGGAGAUAUAUUGUGCAAUUUAAUAUCGAAAGGUUAAUUUGACAUUUGAGCCAUGAUUCCAUUGUAAGGUAAUUAGUUGCUCGCUCUCGUGAACCUUGUUUUUUCUGCAACUGCCCUAUGUUUAGAUAUACCCAAGCAAUGAAGAAACUAUAUACUUAAUCUAAAUGUAAAGGUAAAAAAUUUAGAAACAUUAUACACCAGAUUUUUCAUUUUAGUGACAUUGGAAAGCAGAUUGAGUUGAGACAACAUUUUCUUAAAUUUAAUUAUGAUGUGCAGUCAGUCCUUUCU